AUUUGUACAUAAAGAGUGGAAUUAUCAUCCUAAAAAAUGUUCUUCCUAAACACAGACUAGAUUAUGUCUUGUGAUUGUUUAUAUUUAGAUUAGAUAUAAAAUUUUUACGAGAAAUAAUACUACUAUUUGUAGUCAAUUUCGUACAUUACAAUACUGUAGUGAACAAAAACACCAGUGGGGAACAAUCGAAUGUAUUUGACACAACAUUACAGCACUUGUUAAUAAAAUCUAACAAUCAUCAAGUAAAUGCUUAAUUUGUAAGAUGUCCAUCAGUUUUCUCAAAAUGACUCAGACAUCAUUGUUCUUGCAUUUUCAUACAAAUUACAUUCUGUUUCUAUUCUUUACUGUUCGAUUCUCUUGUCUCUCCCCUGCCAGACCUUCUGUUUACGACUAACGUCAUAUUACUACUUAUAUCGAUAUAAGUAGCAUACACCACAUACAAAAUUCAAUCGAUCAACAUUCCUUGUUAUCGUUGGUUGUCCACUCACUCACUUACUACCUUAUCCACACUCACUCUCUCAUUCUCCCUUUAUAGCUUAUUCCAUAAUAAGGAAUUAAUGAAAGCAUAUUAAAGAUAAAUUUUGCCAAGUAGAGAUAAUUAAUAAUUAUUUUCUAUUCCGAUAGUUUAAAUCAUGAUUCAAUUGAAGCUAGACCACUAUAGAAAACCUGGGAGCACUCGACGGCCGUUUCAUCCUAAUAUGGGACUCCUCAGAAAAUUGCAUCCACGAUCCCGCCCUCCCCUUGAGAUUCGAACCCAGGACCUAUCAGUCUCGCGCGCGAUCGCCUAACUAUUAGGCCUCUGAGUCGGCAUCUAACAGUGUUAAUGUCUAACUUCAACCAAUCCACGAAAUUGCGCCACCGUCACCAUUGUCUUCAGUGAGCUGAUAUCUCACAACAGACCUGCGCACUGCUGAGGAGUCCCAUACUAGGACGAAAUGGCCGAAAUUACUAAAAUCUCCACAAAAAACCCUUUCUAAUAUUUUCUAUUCAUUAUUAUUUUUUUAUAUUUAGAUUCAUUUCAAUUCAACAUUUCAUUAUGGUUCAUAAACAAAUACAAAUUUAUAAAGAUCUUGGUACUUCAGAACGAUGUUACAUUCAUUUGAAAAAUGCAUUUCAAUAUUUAACACCUUUAUAUAAAAUUGAAGAAAUAAAUAGUACAAUAAUAAAUAAUCAAAAUAUACAAUCAAAUUUAUUAUGUUUUGGUGGUGGUUAUGAUUUAGGCUAUUUAAACUCAUUACAAUUAUCUGGUUGUUUGAAUAUACAUAAUUAUAUUAAAGAAAAUAUGGGUAGAUAUCUUGGUAUUUGUGCUGGUGCUUAUUUCGCUUGUGAUUAUUGCUGUUUCGAUAUGAAUGGUCCACUUGAAGUGUAUGGUGAAAGAUAUAUCAAAUUAUUUCAAGGUAUUGGAUCAGGUCCAGUUUUCCCUGGUUUUCAAUAUAACAGUGAAAAUGGGAGUUAUGCAGUUUCUAUUCAAGCUGUACCAAAAAAUUUAAUACCACAAACAGCUACUGUAUAUUAUAAUGGAGGAUGUACAUUUGAAUCUAUUAAUUGGGAGGAUUCACAAGUUUUAUAUACAUACUCGGAUAAUGGAAAACCGGCUAUUAUUGGUUCGAAAUUAGGGAAUGGUUGUGGUAUUUUAAGUGGUGUUCACUUUGAAUAUGAUCCGUAUUUAUUAGAAAAGCAAAUAUACAAUGUUGAUCCUAAGAAUAAUGGUAAUGUUGAUGUCAUAAACAAUUAUGCAUUUAUUGAAACAUUGAAGACGAAUAAUUCAUCUCGUUUGAAAUUAUUUGAAACUUUAAUUACACUUUUGUUGAAUCCUGACAAUGAAUCAGUUUUAAUGAAAUAA